AUGAGGCAGGAAGACGCCGCCUACUCCCUGGGGAUGUCGCUGACGAGCUUGAAGACGUGCUGCCGGAAGCUGGGCCUUGCUCGCUGGCCGUAUGCACGAGGGUACACAGAUCUUGUGACUCCACCAGCGACGGUGGAGGAGGGAGAGGGCUCGCAAGGGACGGACAGGCAAGCAGCAUCUUGCGAGCCAAAUGCCGAGGCGUCAGGAGAGGAGGAGGGACUGAGGCAGUCGGGGUCCAGAGGUCGGAGUGGGGGGCAGUUGUCUGAGGCAGCGAGCUACGAUGGAGAGGACGAGGACGUUGACGAGGAGCUGCCAAAAGAAAUCGGCAUGCCGAGGCCGUUGAAAGGAGAUGAAAGUGAGGAGGAGGGGCUCGGAGAGGGAUGGGAGCCUCUUGAGGGGAGCUGGAUAGCAUGGUACAUGACGAGGCCAGACUCGGACGGGGAACAGGAUGUUUGGGCUAUAGGAGAGUGA